AUGACCGUCGUCUCCUUCACAGUCCUGCUCUGUCUGGGUGAGAUGUGGAGAUGGGGAGGGAUGCUGUGCUCUGGGAUUGAUGCUGCCCCACAGCCCAGCACGGGGCUGACUCUGGGCCAUGGGACACCAGUGCUGGCAGCUGAUCUUUUCCUUGCUGGAAUUCACCCUAAACCUGAACUCACAGUACAGCCAGACUCUGUGGUCUCAGAGCAGACUACAGUGACCUUCUUGUGUGAAGGGACCAAAGGAGCCAAACAGUACAUUCUGUAUAAAGAUGGAGACACGUAUUUAAUGCUCACAGAGAUUCCACAGCAAUCUAAUGACAAGGCUGAAUUCUCAAUCUCAAAUAUAGGCCGGGAACAAGCUGGGCGAUACCAAUGUUGCUAUCGGGGCCCUGAUGGAUGGUCAGAGUACAGUGACUCCCUGGAGGUGGUGGUGACAGGGGCCUACAGUCAACCCAGCCUGUCAGCCCAUCCCAGCCCUGUGGUGACUGAAGGAGGGAAAGUCACUCUACAGUGUGUCUCAAGGCAAUGGUAUUACAAGUUCAUUCUGACUAAGGAAGGACCACAAAAGUCCUUCUGGACACUGGACCCAGAGUAUAACUACUCUACUUGGCACUACCAGGCCAGUCAGUCUGUGGGUCCUGUGACCUCCAACCAAAGGUGGACAUUCAGAUGCUACUGCUUUGAAAGUUACAGCCCACUGGUGUGGUCAGAACCUAGUGACCCCCUGGAGCUCCUGGUCUCAGGGAGAGUCAACAAACCCACCAUCAAGGCUGAGCCAGGCCCUGUAGUCGCCUUAGGAAGCCCCAUGAACAUCUCCUGUCAGGGGACCCUGGAUGCAGAAAUGUGUUUUCUGCAUAAAGAGGGAAGCCAACAAACCUGGGGUACACAGACCCCAAAGGAGCCUGGGAACAAGUCCACGUUCUCCAUUCCUUCUGUGUCAGAGGACAGUGGGGGGCAAUAUCGCUGUUACUGUUACACCUCAGCAGGCUGGUCAGAGCGCAGUGACACUCUGGAACUGGUGGUGACAGGAAUCUAUGACAGUAAACUCAGUCUGUCAGCCCUGCCCAGCCCUGUGGUGACCUCAGGAGGGAACAUGACUCUCCAGUGUGUCUCACGGGUGUUCUAUCACAAGUUCAUCCUCACCAAGGAAGAUCAGAAGUUUUCCAGCUCCCUGACCUCACAGUAUAUAAACAGUACUAUGCAGUACCAAGCCUUACUCUCUAUAGAUCAUGUAACAGCAGACCACACAGGGACAUUCCGAUGCUAUGGUUACUACAACCAAACCCCACAGCUGUGGUCAGUACCCAGUGAGUCCCUGGAAAUACACAUCUCAGGCCUGUCCAAGAAGCCCUCUCUGCUGACUCACCAAGGCCAUAUCCUGGACCCUGGAGAGAGCCUCACCCUGCAGUGUUCCUCUGACAUCAACUAUGACAGAUUUGCUCUGUACAAGGUGGGAGAAGACAUCUUCACCCAGCACUAUGGCCAGAGGACCCAGACUGGCCUCUCCUUGGCCAACUUCACACUGGGAAAUGUGAGCAGCUCUACUGCAGGACAGUACAGAUGCUAUGGUGCACACAAGCUCUCCACUGAAUGGUCAGCCUCCAGUGAUCCCCUGGACAUCAUGAUCACAGGACAGCUUUCUUUCACUCCUUCCCUCUCAGUGAAGCCAAACUCAACAGUGCAGUCUGGAGACAACGUGAUCCUGCUGUGUCAGUCAGCAUACACGACAGACACUUUCAUUCUGUCCAAGGAGGGAGCAGCCCACCAACCCCAGAGAAUGAAAUCAAAGUUCCAAGAUGGGGAGUUCCAGGCAGAAUUCUAUAUGAUGGCUGUGACCGCCCUCUCAGGCACCUACAGGUGCUGCAGGUCUCAAGACUCAUCUCCCUACCUGUUGUCACAUGCCAGUGCCCCUGUGGAGCUCUCUGUCUUGGCCUCAGAAAUCAAGGAUUACACAGUGGAGAAUCUCAUCAGGAUGGGGUUGGCUGUCCUGGUCCUCAUAGUCCUUGGGAUUCUGGUCUUAGAGAGUUGGCGCAGCCAGAAACAGAGCCAUCAUGUAGCUGAGACAUAA